AUUCCGAUUUCAUUUUUAUAUGAUCUAGUCACUUGAUUUAGGGUAUACAGUACCCAAUUAUAUUUAAUUGAUUCUUAGGUGAGCUUAUUGCUGAGGACGGCAGGGCUGCCUGCCCCCUGUGGAAAAUUUCCCGAUUGCCGCUAGUUUGUGGUUUUUUCCUUACGGGUUAACGUUGCAGCAGUUCACGUUAUUUAAAAUCUAUUACUCAACAAAGGUCUCGGGCCAGUAUUUUGUUUAUAUAUUAAUCAAGAUGAAUUCCGAACACAACGAGCAACCGAGUGAGCCCAUGUUGUGCAAGAACAACUGUGGUUUUUACGGAAAUGCCGCCAAUGACAACCUGUGUUCCAAGUGCUACAAGGACCAGACAAAAGGGCAGUUGCCAUCUACAGAUUGCUUUGAGAAGGCGUGCUAUACAGACUCAACAAUUGUCGAUGAGUCUUUGAAUGCUGUAUCGGUUGACAAUGACACGAAACCGACGGAGGAUGCAGUGGUUUCUGUUCCUGAGACUAUUCCUGAUCGGUGCCAUCAGUGUGACCGUUUGAUUGGUGUAUUGGGGUUUAAAUGCCGAUGCAACAACUAUUAUUGCGCUCAACACAGACAGGCAAAUUUACAUGGUUGCACUUUUGACUACAAAGGCUUAUUUCGCACUGAGCUGGCAACAAAGACACAGAAGAUAGUGCGGGAUAAAUUGGAGAGAAUAUAGCAUCUUUUAACCAAACGCCCUGGAUUUCCCGCUCAAUUAUGGGAUGCCUUAUAUAACGGCGAGUCCAAUUUAGUCUAUGUAACAGGCUUUGUCUUCGUAAUACUACAUUGACAUUCGAGUGAGCAGAGCUAUGCUCAUGCCAACCAAUGCUAUUGCUGGUUCAUCUAGGACCACGGUGGUCAAGUGCGUUGUGAAAUAUUUUUGGGUUUUGGAGCCAUUCUGCUGCACUAAAUGGGUCAAGUGGUUUUCCUGAGAAUAUAGAUGUGGACACAUUGGAACAGGAAAUGAAGUACUAAAAGGGGUGUUUCAGGGUAGCUAUUCUGAAUAUUAAAAAUGUGUUUCUAUUGUUACAUCGCCCAAGCAGGCGUGUAACUCCAUUCUAGGAUAAUUUGGCGUCGUUCACAUGGAUGUACAAUUGACAUUCACACUUUGCCGGAAUGGAGAUAAGGUGUACCACUGUUGCUGUAGUAAAAAUGGCCUAAUGUCAUUCACGAGCUGCUGAGCGUAAUGUGCCGUGAUUACAACUAGUGCACAAUCGCCAAAAGAGCGACACUCAACAGGUAGCGACU